GAUAAUGAUAUAGAUAACUUUUAUGAUUUUUCAUUCAUUUCAACGACCUUUCGAAUUUGAAUCUCAUCCACCAGUCCUUCUUUCAUCAGCCUCCAGCUUCCAUAGUGCACCAUAGCAUAACCUUAGUGCAUACAUACAUAGUCCGGCCCUCUUUAGGUCCUGACAAUCAUACUUCGUGCUUAUCCGGGGUACUACCACCCAUCUCGGGAAAAUCAGCUUAGUUAAACGCCCUACCCUUGGAUCUCAAAACAUAAAUCGAUUUCUAAAUAUCAUAUCACGAAUCUUCUCAUUUUAAAUGCGUCGAGUAGCAUUAAAAGCCAUUCGCAUUGCGCGACAAUUACCUCCUCUCCGUAGCACUCGUGGUAGCAUAUUUCAACCGUCAAACCAUGUUUUAAGCGCUCGAUUUUCUUCCGGUAGAGCUCCUUUUCCCAAAUCAUCAUCAUCAACAACGUUACCACUUCAAAGUUCAGUCAUCCCAGCAUCGAUGUAUUGGCGAAGGUUCUCCCUGGCUCUUGUUUCAGGGUUUGUUGGAUAUGGCGCAUGGUACACAUACAACGGAGACGGAAUUCUCACCAAAGAAGCCAGUCCAAUUUCCACAGCACAACAAUCCCACGCCUUUGCAGGUAGUACUGUCUAUUCAACACCGAUGGGGCCGGAAGAGACCGCUGAUGCCAGAAAAGCUGUAAUUGUCGGUACAGAUGGUCUUUAUACUGACACGAUUGAAGGUCCAAUUUCAAAGGAUACCGACGAUUCUGGCAGGAAGGUGUUGGAGAUGUUAACACCGGAUCAAGCGACGUCAAAAUUGCGCAGAAAUGAGGAGUCUUAUUUUGUUGGUCGUGGUAAAGGAGUUGUGCGAUAUGAUGUAGUUCAAAUUCCAAGUAAUGACCCAAUCGAAGACGAUCAUUCCGAAAAGAUUAUUGAGACGAAUGAAACAAUUUCUGGGUCUCCCAAUUCACCUUCCGAUUGGAUGUUUUGGGGUGUAUUUGAUGGGCAUUCGUACGUUUCCUUUAAAUCCUUCUACAGGGCCACUCUUACUGACAUCCAAAAAGAGGCUGGACCACUUCUGCUAAAUUACGACAAGUAUUGAUCAAUUAUGUCGCUAGAGAACUCAAUUCUACUUACCAAGCCUCCCCCAAUCCGUCCAACGAGGCCAUUGAAACCGCAAUGAAGACUGGGUUCACGCGACUCGACAAUGAGAUUGUCCAUGAAAGUGCGCAGAAAGUAAUGAAGGGUAAUUCAAAACUGGUCGCGGCGGAAUUGCUAGCCCCAGCACUAUCCGGAUCGUGCGCACUCCUUUCCUUCUACGAUACGAACACAGGUCUCUUGCGUGUUGCAUGUACAGGAGAUUCUCGCGCAAUCUUGGGACGACGAAAUGAUAAUGGAAAAUGGGCUGCUACGGCGUUAUCAAUCGAUCAAACUGGUAGCAAUCAAGAUGAAGAAGCUAGAAUGAGAAAGCUACAUCCUGGAGAAGAUCAUGUCAUUAGGAAUGGCCGAGUUCUAGGUGGUCUGGAGCCUACUCGCGCAUUCGGUGAUGCAACUUACAAAUGGAGUCGUCAAGUCUCCGAGCGUUUGAAGGAAUCUUUCUUUGGAAGAACUCCAUCUGCUCUUCUUAAAACUCCCCCAUACGUCACCGCGGAACCUGUCGUCACGACUACCAGGAUUCAACCCGAAAGAGGAGACUUUGUUGUGAUGGCAACGGAUGGACUUUGGGAGAUGCUCUCUAAUGAAGAGGUGGUUGGCUUAGUUGGCCAAUGGAUCGAUAAGCAUUCUGCGGAUUCAAAUGGGAACUCCGCAAGCUCAUGGACAAAAAUGUUUACAGCCUCGCAAAAGGGGUUGCCAGUAGAAGCAAGUAAAGAUAACAAUAACAGUGGUCAGAAAGCCCCAAUCCGACAGCGUCAAUGGGGCGUCAAGGAGAGUGAUAGAUUUGUUGUUGAGGACAAAAAUGUUGCCACACAUUUGGUCCGUAAUGCGUUAGGUGGAAAAGAUAAGGAUAUGGUUUGCGCUUUAUUGUCAUUACCUGCUCCUUAUUCCAGAAGAUAUCGGUAUACCACCCCUUUCUCAACAUUUUUCACAAAUCCUACUAACAACACUUCCCAACAGAGAUGAUCUUACAGUAGAAGUUAUCUUCUUCGGUAACGGUCCGCAAUCCGGUGAUCUCAUUGUCAACAAAGAAGCAAGCGCGAGCGCAAAUAAUGUGAAGCCUAAACUCUGAAAUAUUAUAGAAAUGAGAAAACGUCCGCUUUUACGAAAUUUUCAGCGUGUAUUAUUACUACUAAGAAUUUAGCUUUGAAAGCGGAUUUCGGCGACGAAAAUGAAUUGUAUGAAUUGCAUGACUGGAAUGUAAUGGAAUGAAUGGUGGUAUACCCAGCGUAUCGUGUGUAAGGAAAUAAAUGCAUGCAGGAAUAGACUCAAAACUACUACUACCCACUUAAAUCUAGGAAAUAGCAUGAAUUCUUUUGAGCGAGCUUUCGU